CCUACGCCGUUCGCCCGUGCCGUCCCACAGCACCUCCGCAUCAUUGUUCCUCCCGCGCGCUGCAUCCGUGCGCACUGCCGCGCCACAUUGUCCCGCUGCCCAGGAGCUCCACGGUCGCUGUCCGCGCGCCAUCUAUCCAGGAGGCACAGGGGAAGUUGAGGUCGGGGUCCUGACACAAUGGAACCAAUAGCACAUGACUUUUAUGUGGUUGAUCAUUCUGCGAAACCAUACAUAUGUAUGUGGUGUUUCAGAAUGAUAGGUAGAAGUAGCCACUGAAAUAUAUUUUGAUGACUCCUAUAAGAUGGCUAUAUUACCAUGAAAUCAGUUUGUAAGUUGGCGUUAUGGGGAUAAAUUAUAUAGUCAGAAUCUAGAUAUCCCAUUAUGAUUAUAUCUUGAUUUUUCAGAUAGAAACAUUUAGAUAUUUUGUGCCAUAAAGAUAUAUGUGGAUAUUCCCUUUGACUCCUGCCUAAUGGGGCUAUUAGAGUUGCACUUUUUAAGCUAGAAAGUUAUUUGUAAAUACAAUAUUAGUCCUAUUACGGGUUGCAAGAUACAUAAGCGUUUUGAUGGCACUAAGAUAUAGAACUUUAGGUUCGAUAUCUUUUCAUUGCCAACCCAAGGUAUGAAUUGAUCUUGAUUCAUAUUUAGGGAUUGAAUGGCGAUAAGUGUUUUAUUGGAUAUUAUUGUCCAAUAUCAUUUGAAUAUUGGUGGAUUAAUGGAUAAAUAUUCCUGAAGGAGUAUUCUUAAGUUGCAGACUUAAGCAAAAUUUGAUUUUAACCAAAUCAUUCAUCUCAAAUUCCGUCUUAAAAUGAUUACAUACUUUGUCAUGUAUAGUUUGGAGAUGAUAUAAAAUCCAAUUGAUAUUUCAUUAUGAACACACAUAUGUAAUCAUUGGAGUAAUCCUUCUGUGGAAGAAACUCAUUUAGUCAGUUGUACCAUAAUCAACUUAACUGCUUGAAGUCAUGGAAUGACUUUAAGCUGUACACAAUAUAUAUUGCGAUUUGUAUUUAGAUUCAGAAUGCGAAGUCCAUUAGAGACUUAUAUGUCCAAAUCUAUUUAAUUCAUUUGAUCUAACAAUAAUAUUGAAUAUGAGAUCAAAAUUUCCACAUAUACUAUGAGGUAUGUAACAUUCUAAUUGAUGUCGGAUCUCUGCAUGAACCCUUGUGCUACUAGCCUCGCUAUUUUACCACUUAAAAUAAAAAUUCAGUUUUCCUCCAUAGGGAAAGCAUUGGAAGUGUAGGUAUUAUUUUUGUGAAUACCUCUCUUUUUGUAAGUGAGUGUAAUUUUACCUCAAUUGCUUGUUUCUAUUUGAUCCAUUCCGAGUGCUUGAGGCACCCUGCCAUGGCCAUGGACUUUGGUCUGGAUCCAAUUGAAGAUCUUCUAUAAUUUUCGAGGAGAAAUAGUUGUCAACAAUUUGUAGUCUUUGAUAUUGAUUGAUUCUAUGGAAUCAAUAUAGUUUGUGGAAAUAUUAUCCCAUUUAACUCCAUGUAUUUCCCAAAAUAAUGGAGUUAGGGUGUUCCGAUGACCCAGCACCGGAAUUUGUGUACACAUUUGUGCUGGGUAUUUAGAUGCUGAACAUCCAUAGGCAUUUGGAUAGUGAAUAUCCAUAAGGUGUCUAUCAGCUUAGUGUUGAUUUGCAUUUACUGUUGUGGAGGAGGGAUUCCUCUGUUUCCGCGGUAGCUUGCAAGAAGUUUUAUACUUUGCGAUCGUACUUCUCCCCCUGUUAUUUUGAUUUGGGAGUUGAGUGAUUUUGUUUGGUACCUUCACUCUUUCUGGCACAUUCCUAUUAGAAAUAUAGGAUUUGGUGAUACAUUUAUGAUAAGUAAAUGCAUCUAGUAGAUUAUUUGCAAUAUAUUACAAAUAUAAGAUGCUCUGAAUAAUGGUUCAAAUCUCUAGUAUGUGGAUAUGAGGACUGAAUGUGAAUGUGUAUGACGUUCUUUUUUGAUUCCUGACAUUUUGUGGUAUUAAUCUCCCCAUAAUAUUAGGAUUUAUCCUCAAAAUGUUAUGAGCAUACAGGCAAUAAAUGUCCUAUAUGAGGGACUUGAGGUAUUAUAUGAUUGACGGAUAACUAUACCUUAUAUGGAUCCUCAAUGCACUUUGAUGUAUGUUGUAUGGUGGUGAUACUGCUACGUGCACAACAUAACCAAUUUGUAGAUGGGAACUACUUGGCUGAGGCCAAAUUUCCACGUAUUAACUGCAACGGAGGGAGCCGUAUGAUUGUAAUUGAAUGAAUUUGGUUUAAUGAUGCGGUGUGUAAAGCCGCAUGUCACCGAUAAGAUAUUGGCAAAUUGUAAUUCUGUGGUUGGUCAUGCAAAUGAAUUGAUUCUCUUGAUGAGAUAUUCAGCUAGACCAUUAUGAAUAUGCACAAAGGGUACUUAAUGCGGUCAAAGCCAAGCAAUAAUUGAAUAAUUAAGGAACAGCAUUAUCCAUGUGAAUGGAUUUGAUCCUACAUUCAGGAUAAUUUACUCUAAUUUUAAUAAUGUGAGCAAUAAGUUUGGUAUUGUUGGCGCAAGAAGAUAUCUAGCGCGAACAAGUGCGGCGAGAGCUCACUCACAAGAGUGUCUCAAGGUUGGAGAAGUAGUGGAGAGGGAGGAACACCAAAUAUGUUGAUGGUAAAAAGGAUCGGUCCUUGGCAUGAUGGCCAGAGGUCUGUACUUAUAGUACCAAUAAGUUAUGAAAUGUACAAGUAUGCCCCUGCAAAGAUGGCAAUACAAAUAUCGUCAUAUCUCAUGGGCCUAGAACUGGUCAAAUCAUACAACAUGGGUCUAGGUGGUUUGUGCUUACUCCUAAUCGGAAGAUAUUCUUCUACUACGGCAACACAGUGGUGCAAGUGGCCGAGGUGUGGUGCACAGCCCGUCACCUAUUGCGGCGUCGCACUGCUAAGAUGUUAGGACAACCUCCACUUGCGCGGGGGAUGUUAGGAUGGCCUCCACUUGCGUUGCAUUAAAUGUAGGUCACUUCCUUGCAGGGGGGACAAUUGAUAUUUCUCCAAGUCUGAUGACUCACCACCGGGGCUUCGGAAAGCCCGUCCAGACUCCAGAGGGUAAGGGCACUAGAGACUAGGACUCCGGAAGGCCAGGGCUCCAGAGACUGGGGCUCCGGAAGGCCAGGGCUUUGGAGGGUUCUAGAGCGUUGUGAUCCGCAAGGCCUUCGGGGACCCAUUUGUCCGCAAGCGCGGGCUGGUGGGGCAAGGAAAUCGGGUUCCUUAAUGAUGACCCCCAAUAGUAGCCCGUUGUGAGGAUGGUCAGCGAAGCGGCUGGCCCUGUGGUUUUUUGGGAAUAGGGCCCCUAGCGGUCCCUAGCUCUGUAGUUGAUGGCUUGUGGCUCUUUGUUUUCAUGGCAAUUGUUUGGAAGGUCCUGCCCAGCUGGUUUGGAAUUUGACCAUCCGAUGACACAAGUGAAAAGAGGUAUUAAAUGCGACAUGCAGUUAGUAGGAGGUGGCGCUUUGUCAGGUGAUGGGGGUGCACGUGGCGCCUUAUUGUAGGAGUGUCAUGGGGAGCAUGGAUGAAAGGACAUGGCGCCCCAUGAUUGCAGCCUCGUGGGUGAAAGGACGGGGUGUGCGUGGGUUUCCCUGGGAGUAAAUAACUCCUCCCUUAUCUUCAUAUAAGGAGAGGGUCUCGGCUGAGCGAUAGUUUUGGUCUGCACCUUGUUCUUAUCUUCGUCUGCCUCCGCGUCCGCUUGCCUGUUCUAUCACGACUCUUACAGCCUCCACCAUUGUUCAGCGUUUCUCGCCACCUCCUUGGGGCCCUCAUCGCCAGUUCCAGCACUCAAGGCAGGGCCUACCUGUCAUCGAUGGGCAGGGCCUACGAGGCGCAUGGGGCGGCCAAUACUCAGGCGGUGCCGACUCCUCCGCCACUGCCCGGGGUACCGCUGGGUAUGGUGCUCCGCCAUGCCAGCAAGAAGUAUCCCCAGCAAACCAGCGUGCUGGGGGAAUCCAUUAUUGAUGACGUCGUGCUUGAUCGGAUGGUCGAGGAGGGGAAGAUCCCUUCUAGAUCCAUCGUCCGGGCUCCGGGGGGAGAGGAGAUUCUGGAGCCUCGAGGUCAUGAGACCAUGGCAUUCGAGGCUUUCCUUGACGUGGGUCUUGGCUCUAUGACCAUGUUGCUCCUCGACGGGGUGCUUCGCUACUUCUUCGUGGAGCUCCCACAGCUCCACUCUAAUGCCAUUGCUCAUCUAUCCAUCUUCGAGUGGGCCAUACGAGUGGAGGGGUGCGAAGGAAGAGCGGACUUUUUUUCCACCAUCCAUUAUGCGAGCUUUCAACCGAAGAUGUGAACGGAGGAUGGGGUGAUGAAGGCCCUCGGCUUCGGUAGCGUCAACUUCUAGAAAUGGCUGGAGUAUCAUGACCUAUUUUCAGCGAAAGCCAUCAACGGUCAGUGGUACACCAGGUGGUCGGAACGGUGGUUUUAUUGUGAUGUCGGCCUCGGGUCCCACCUUCGUUAUACAAACCACGACAUUGAGUACGUCUUGACUCUGGAGACCGACAUCUCGGAUGCCUAGCUUGUUGUGCGGUUGAUGCUCCUCCAACGCGUGGCACGGAGGAUGAGCAUGUGUGAUCUCGUGGAAGAUUUCACAAUGUUGCGCGUCCAACCCCUUCAGGUAGACUGGAAUUGCGUCUUCAAACAAGGUGGGGAGGCAGAGCCGAAUGUGUACUCCAGGCCCACCAUCAUUUCUGGUGAGUCUUAAUUGUUGUUUUAAUUUUGAAUACACGGAUGUGAAAUGUUUCUGCUUUCUUUUUUUUCUUCCAAAGAACUACCUUUAGUUGGAGCGAGCGGCCGAUGUCGCGGAAGUGUUCUUGGGUUCGCCUACUGCCACAGAACGGGGCUAACGUGUGGGUUUGGUUGAGAGCUGGGAGCGGUACAACUGCAUCUGCCGCUAUCUCAAGGUUGAUGCUCCAGCAUGGCCAAACCCACCAGAGCUUAAGGUGGCCAGGAAGCAACGGUGUGACUUCUGGUGCCGUAGCCUCCGUGAUUCCUGCAAACCUGCUCCGGGCCCGUCCCCCACCUGCUUCAAAGGGCUCGCAGACCAGCUCAGUGGUUGAGUCGUCCGGAGCACCGCUGGAUGAUACAAAGCAUCAGAGGCGGGCUGAGAGCGUAGGCGGUCUGGCCGAAGAUGAGGCCUAGCCCAGAGGGGGCGACCAGGGCAAGGGUCCAGUUCUUUCGAACCUUGUCGGCCAUGGCCAGGGACAAAGAGGGGGUGAGGCCUCUUUGGAUUUUGAUUGGGGUUCGUCAACUCAGAUGAUGAGGACAUUACGGGCCUCUCUGCUGGAGGAACCAAGGGCCCAGGUGAGACAUUAUUACCUCUUUGGUUUAUCUCCUAUCGUAGCGAUGUGUUGGGAUCCUAACUUAUGCUCUCAGAGUGUUUCAGUGGUUACCCAGAUAGAUCCAUUCUCGACCCCCAUUCUGGAGGCCUCGGAUCCCUAGCAGGAAUCGAUGAUCCCUCUAGCCCCUGAUAGCCACUACGAAAGUCGUGGUUUCGUCACUACAAGAGGUUGAGUCGGUUCACGUUUUGGCUUUGAAGGCUAGUGCGGCAGGGUCAAACCCUCUGUGGGGGCUAACUCUGUAUCAGUUGAGGGGUGCCUCGGCCUUGAGGCCCUAACCUCGGACAACUUUGUGUUGCACCUGGAGGCAUUGAGGGCCUUUACCUUGGCUUUGUCUCUCCUCAGGAGUGAAGGGAUAGAGUAGUCGGUGGCUCGGGGUCCCCUUGAGGGCUUGAAGACGUAUCUGGAGGUGGCAGUCCUAUAGGCAGGGAGUUGACUGAAGCUUCCCAGACCCGGAAUCCAUUUCUGGGUGGCUAAUCUUAUAUUUCCUAUGUUGUGCCUUGCAGCAAUUGAUUUUGACCAGGGUGACAGGGCACGCAUGGCGCCAAGCCCUUGCCAUGUCCCAUGAUGAGGCUCGAGACGAGGCGGUGGGGCUUCGACAGGCCUCAGAGGAGGCAAAGAAACAGGCAGAGUUUGUGGAGGGUCGUCUGCAGGAGAAGGCGAUGCUUCACAAGCAUGAGGAGAGGCUUCGGUGGGAAGAGGUGGCGCGGCAGGAGCAUGUGGAGGCUAAGGAGCAAAAGGCUAUCGAUGCCCUUUGGGAAUUAGAGGCAGCCGUUGUGGCUCGCGCGAUAGCUGAGGGUGAUGACGAGGUCCUUCGGAUGGCGAUGGCUGAAAUCCAACGGGAGCUGAGUGAUACUAGGGCGGCAGAGGAGACAUUUUGUGAAGAGCGUCGUGGGUUAGUCGAGUGUGCAUCAGAGGCCGCCCAUGCUAUUUGCGAUGCUCUGAGAGGACUUAGGGCUGAAGGCCUGCCCGUCCCUUCCGUCUUGGAGGCGCCGGUUCUAAUGCUCUACUGUCUUUGGUCUACUAUGAGGGCGACGACCAACGCUUCCGAGGCAUAUGCGAGGUCCAAUGUACACAUGGUCUUGGCUCUCCAGCUGGCCUUGUUGCAUCGAGUGAGGCUCCACCAGUUCAAGGUGUUAGAGUAGCAGGUGCCAGACUUCGCGAUCAAGAGUUUCCAGCCAUGAUAACCCCUGAUAGAAGCUCAUGUGGCCCUGGACAACUUCUGCUGGGGAGUAUGGGCAAAGCAUGGUCGGUCCAUGACACUGCUGUCGGAGGAUUAACUCCUAUCGCAGGGAUCCCGAGAGACCCCUUUUUAGAGAUUCGGCCGAGGGGAUGAUCCUGAAUAAGUUCGUCGGAGAAAUAAAUGGAAGUGGAAGUAAAUGCAACGGUCGGUGGUGGGGGAUGAUCGACCUAGUGCAAAGGGAAGUAAAUGCACCGGAGUUUAGACAGGUUCGGGCCGCACGGGGGCGUAAUACCCUACUCCUGUAUGGGUGCAAUAACUUAUCCUGAGGGGGAUCCCUCAAGGAUGUAUCUGGUUACAAGAAUAUAGUGUCUAACUAAGAGCUUGAGGCUCCUUGUUCUUUGGCAGGAGCUCUGCUCAGGCUUGCUUGCAAUGUCUUCGUCUGUUGGCUUGGUUCGUUGUGGGGUUCGUCUUCUUCGUUUGGGUGUCCCGGUUGACUGCUUGGGCUUCCUCCUCCUUUUUCUCUCUCUGUAUGCCGAUCCUUUUAUGCACUCGCCAGCCGUGACAUACCCUGAACGGGAAGGAAGGGGCACAAGUCCCAAGACACCACGACUGAGAAAGGUGUCAUCAUUUCCUCUGGGCGAAGUGACUGGGGCGGUGGAAAAAACGCGGCGCGCGUCCGGUCACUUGUCACUGGGCGCCCUGGCGACGGGCGCCGUUGAGAGGGCCCACCGGGCAGCCACAGAGGCACCCGGCGUGCCCGCCCUGUCUUGUUCCUCUGCCACGGCAGGGUGGCAGGCGGAACGCCUUGAUCCUGACGAUGUUAUCCCGAGACAUACCAGAUGAUACGGGACUGGACCCGUGCAAUUAAUGGCCCCACGUCUCUCUGCCAAAGCAUGGUAGGAACUGACACUGCGGCGGGAGCAGUUGGGGAUGUCAGGCCGCGCGUGCCCAUUAAAUGCGGCCUCGGACCUCUGACUGGCUGACACCUCAUCGGCGGGCCCCUCGGGGGCCCUUCUGGGUGACGCCUACCCUUGCCCUCGGGGUACCGGGCGCUCGGGGGCACUGUUCACCUCCCCGAGCACUCUCGCACGAAUCUUCGAGGAACCGAGUGCUCGGGGGCUGCCACGUGCAACCCCGAGCACUCUCUCCCGAGCACUUUUGCACUGACCCUCGGGGAACCGGGCGCUCGGGGGCUGCCGCACACAGCCCCCCGAGCGCUCUCUCCCGGAACUUAGCUCUUCUGAUCGUCGGGGGACUAGGGUGCUCGGGGGUGACCGGGCACCUCCCCGAGCACUUUCUUCCCGGUACUUGGACUCUGCGGGUCAUCGGCGAACUGGGGUGCUCGGGGACCAGAGCCUGUGGCCCCGAGCACCUUCUCCCGGAACUUAGAUUUUUCUCAUCCCGCAGGAGGGACCUCGCGUGAUGGUGACACGUGGUAGACGGCUGGCCUGGCCUCGGACCUCAGGGACCCCCAGUUCCUGAUACACCGACAGUAGCCCCCGGGCCCAUUGGCAGGUGAUGGCACGGAGACUGCGGAUGGGCCCUUCGUCGCAGACGAGGCCGAGGCUGGCGUGGACGCCACAUGACAGGCUUUCAAGAGGUGGCCCUUUAGACCCGGGCCUCCGGUACGGCCCAGCGGGGAGACAAGCGGACGCGUGCCCACACAACUCCCGAAGGGUAUGACAAUGGUACGGGCGGCACGCGCGGCUUCCGUGCAGAUCGAGGAAAAUAUGCCUGGCAGCCGCUGACGCCGCACGACCAGCGGGAGAUUCGCCUGGUAGUUGCGUCGACCGAGGAAGCCGUCCCGCCGAGCGAACCGUUGGUAGCCGACGUUUGAACUCUGAGAUAUAAAAGGGGGAGAGGAUCGAUCCCCCCCCCCCCUUUACGCCUUCUUGCGAUCUUGCUCUUGUCUCCUUCGUGCUCUGGAGCCCUUAGAAACCCUUCAGGCGAUCGGAGAGCUUCUCCUCCAUCUCCACCACCAGACAACCUCCCCUCCCAUCGAGAUGCCGAGAGCCGGGGGAGGCCGCCGUGACAGGACUCCGGACAGCAUGCUGCCGGAGUCUCGCCUGAAGAACGAGGAGGCGGCGGAGAAAAUCAGGAAGCUGCUGGUCCCUGAGGGCCAGGAGGGGGCCACGGUGGUAACGCCGGCGAACUUCCCGCCGGCAACGACCAUUCCCGGGCGCGUCGUCUUGUUCACGUCUUUCGUGGCGGCGGGGUUGGUGCCGCCGUUUUCAACGUUCCUCCUCAAAAGUCCUCGACACCUACGGCAUCCAACUGGUGCACUUGAGCCCCAACUCCGUCAUGGUGCUGGCGGUGUUCGCGCACCUCUGCGAGAUGUUCGUUGGGGUGGUGCCUUCGGUGACGCUUCUCCGACAUUUCUUCGUCCUGCAGCCGGUCGGGAAGAAGAGGGGGUACUCCACGGCGGACGUCGUGGGGUGCUGCAACCUUCGACUGCAAGACGGCUUGGGGGAGCAGUACAUCCCCCAGGUGCUGCGCAGCAAAUGGGAGGAGUGGCGGCGGGACUGGUUCUUCGUCGACGUCGACCCCCAUGAUCGUCUCGCUCUACCGGAAGUGGCGGCGGAGCCCCGGAAGUCGACGUGGGAGGUGCCGCCGCCGGAGGACGCGAGGUUGGAGCCGGUGUUCGAGCGCAUCAAAUUCCUGCGUGACUCCGGGCUGACCUCGGUAAUGGUGGUGGCGGACUUCUUGCGCCGUCGCCUGGCGUCCCUGCGGGAGCGGGCCCGGCCGUGCUGGCUCUACACCGGGCCCGAAGAUAUCACCCGGACCCAAAUCGACGCAAGCUGGGAUCUGGGCCCAGCGGAGCUGAGGGGCAUGACCCGAGUGGUGACCGGCGUGGAGGACACGAGCCGGGCGGUGCUCCCGUGGCCGGAGAUGGCGCUCUACGCUAACCCCGAGCGCGCGGCGAUCUUGGCGAAGCUGCCGAAGUUCGACGCCCAGGGGCUCGUUGACCGGCCGAGGAGCCGAAGCCCCGAGGCCCCCGAGCUCCCUGGAUUGGACGAGGUGGCCAGCGGGGAGACCGCGAGCAGCCCAGUGCGGGCCGGUGGCCCGGGCGCCGCGUGCAGCGAGCCGCAAGCCAGCGGUAGAGCCGCUGCGGGAAGCAGCCGCCGCACCGGAGAAGAGGGCACCGCCGACAGCGCAGCGACGGCAGCGUCGGGAGACCGGGGGAAGCGCCCCCGAAUCUACAUCCCCGUGCCGGAUUCCCCGCCGUCGCCAUCGGCGGUGGCGGUGUUCCCGGCCCUGGAGCCGCGCCUUGUGAGGAUGGGGCCUGACUGGGCACCUGGAGACCGGGCGGCGGCCCCGCUGAGCCCCCGGUGAAAGAGGCGGCAGGAGGAUUCCGGGCCAGCACUGCCGGACCCGGAGUUCAGGCUCCCGGCGACCAAAUGACAGUAUCGGGGAACUACGACCGCGUAAGUUUCAUUCUUUGCUUUUUCUUGGGCGCUCUUCGCCCAAACUAGACUUCGGUUUUGACCUUCGCCUAUCUCCUGCAGGCCACCCACAGGCGCCGCCGAGGGCGAAGGAGCGCCGGCGCUGGCGCCAAAGCCAAGGCCGUCGGCCAAGCCGAGGCAGGCGAACGCAGCGAUGGCGGGGGGGCCAGCGGACGCGGCGGCCGAGGGGAGGACGGUGGAAGCGACGACCGAGGGGGGGACGGAGCCGUCGCCCGAACCCUUGGCGCCGGUGGAACCUACCCCGGGCGUGCAAAGCCCGGGGCGGAUGAUGGCAGAAGCAGCGGCCUUGCCGAGGCCGGCGGAUGCGGCGGCCGAGGCGGGAACGCGGCCGUCGCCCGAGCGUCCGGCGCCGGCGAACCUACCCCGGCCGUGCCGAGCCCGGGGCGGAUGAUCGUGUGGUGACCCUUGGG